CCACAGUGCCAGAGAGGCGCAGCCAGGGCGCUAACAGAAAAUCCAGGGAGCGCGCUCUGCGUUUCCUGUUUAGCACUGUCUCAUCGGGCUCGGUGUUUGGGUGUCGCAGGAACAGACAGGCGCUCGGAUCCUCAAACCACCCCUGGCCAACAGAGCGGGCCUUACGUCAGGGAACGACGGCCAACUGCCAUAGGCGUUCAGCUGACGGUCAACGAGAUCUGAUGAACUUCGCAAUCCAGUAGCUCGGGUCUCCCGCACAUCGGGCCACUCAAUUCCCUGUCAUAUCUCCUUGGAAGCCACUUUCCCUGCGCUGCGCCGCUCCGACAAUCUUUAUUUCCCCGCCAAACACGCGGGCUAGGUCCCGACCUCAGCCCGGCCGAGCGACCAAUGCGUGAGGUCCGAGUCCGCCGACAACAUGGGAUGGGUAUCAACCUCCAAGGCGACCGCGCUGCUGAGCGCCGUGCUCCUUGCCGCGACAGGCGCAAUCGCAGCCGGCGAGGCCAAGCUGCAGGUUGAUCUGAGUUCCCCUGACUCGAUCAGGGCAGCCGCGAAGAUCGUCGCGGCCAACCUCUUUUCCUACUACCACGGCAAUCAGCCCGGCCAGACCCCCGGCAUCCUCCCGGGGCCGCCGCCGGGCGGCCCAUACUACUGGUGGCAGGCCGGAGCGAUGUGGGGGACCUACAUCGACUACUGGUUCUACACGGGCGACUCAACAUACAACGAUGAGACGGUCCGGGCCAUGGAAUUCCAGUCCGAAAACAGCUACCAGCCAGCGAAUUGGACGCUAUCGUUGGGCAACGACGACCAGGGCUUCUGGGGCAUGGCGGCCAUGCUCGCCGCAGAGACGAACUUCCAGAAUCCGCCAGAUGGUCAGACACCAUGGUUGACUCUGGCCCAGGCCGUCUUCAACACACAGGCCUGGCGCUGGGACAUGGAGUAUUGCAACGGCGGCCUGCACUGGCAGAUCCCGACCACCAACGGCGGGUACGACUACAAGAAUUCGAUCGCCAACGUCGUGUUCCUCAACAUCGGCGCCCGGCUGGCGCGCUACACUAAGAACGACACGUACGCCAAGUGGGUCGACACGGCCUGGGACUGGAUCGAGGGCGUCGGCUACAUCACCAAGGACUACAACGUCCUGGACGGCGGGCACACGGAGGAGAACUGCACCGAUAUUAACCCGGUUCAGUUCUCGGCUAACAUGGCCGUCCUCCUCCACGGCAGCGCUAUUAUGUAUAACUACACCAACGGCUCCGAAAAGUGGCGCGCCCGCGUCGCCGGCCUGCUCAACCACACCAUCGACUUCUUCUUCCCCGACGGCAUCAUGGUCGAGCGCGCGUGCGAGCUGCCGGACCGCGUGCAGUGCAACACGGACCAGCACUCCUUCAAGGGGUACAUGCACCGGGCGCUGGCGACGACGGCGGUCGUGGCGCCCUUCACGCGCGAGCAGAUCGUGCGCGUGCUGCGCUCGUCCACCGAGGGCGCCGUGUCGUCGUGCCUGGCCGACGGCACCUGCGGCUUCCGCUGGAACACGGGCUCCUACGACGGCGACAACGUCGUCGGCCCCGCCGGCCAGGAGAUGAGCGCCCUCGCCGCCCUCAGCACCCUGCUCAUCGACCAGCAGAAGGUGCUCAACGGCCCGCUGACCAACACCACCGGCGGCACCAGCCAGGGCGACCCCAGCGCCGGCGGCACCUUCAAUGCGCUGGCGCCGCCCAAGCCCAUCACCACGGCCGACAGGGCCGGCGCGGGCAUUCUCACCGCCGUCGUGCUCGCGACGUUCCUCGGUGGGCUCGUGUGGAUGGGCAUGGGCUGGUCCGAGGGGUCGUAGGACGGCUUCGAGAGUUUGGGUCGUGAUUAGCGUCUGUGAAUGGACUUGUGUAGGGGGACUUAGAGCGUGUGUAAGUAAGCUGGCGUGGCGAGCAUGUGGCGCCAGAGACGCGAGCGGUUGGACGGGACGCAGCGCUGAGCGGAUUGAUGUUCGACUGGGAUCUCAAUGUGCUGUCUGGCGUUCGGGAGGUGUGCUUUUAUAUCUAAGGGCCAAAUAUUAUUAGGUUCUACUUGUGCUUGACCUUCGCUCCCUCCCUGAGGUCCUGCUCUCCUGCCUGUGUUGUAUCCCUAGCCGCCCAUGUAGUCCCUAACCGCCCACAUAGCUCGUUCGCGAGUGGACAUAAACACAAUGCCGAAGGGUUCCUUGUGUCACUGCUUAGAGUCGGCCAGUCGAGUUUU